GGAGAGGGGGGCGGGCUCUGGAACCGGGCAGCCUCGCUUCCGUUCGGCUGCAACUGCUUCCGACCUCCGCCUUUCCCUCUAGCGAGGACGAGACGAGACCUCGCGCGCAUGCUCGGAAUCAUCCUCCGAGGGGCGGGGCUGCAGCUGCGGGAGCAGGAUGGGGGGAAGAGAAGGGAAUUCCAACCUGUAGAACUUUGGGGGUCCUAUGGUCGGGUUCUUCCCCACGACUGUGAAUGGUGGAAGGGGUGGGGUCUUUGGCGGCUCCUGGGGGUGUUGGAGUUCGCAGGGUGAGGGACGGGGUGUCAAGUGUGCGAGAGGUGCAGGACUUCCAAAUUUAGAACCUUGAGGCCCUUUGGGCUCAGGUCCAGGGCACUCCGGCCACCAUGCGCGACAGGACCCACGAGUUGAGGCAGGUGAGAAACUGGGGUGGUGAGGACUCCCAGGAGUGAGGAGAACGGGGGCCCGGCGGGCGCACUGGAGUAAGGAUUCCUGGUUUUGGGUCCGGGACGGGUGGCUGAUGGCCAGGAAGGAAAAUCCCGGAAGCCCAUGGUUCCUGCGGGACGAGAACCGCAGCGAGCAAGUGGUGCCAAUGAUUCCGGCUCUGGCAGGGGGAUAACAUCUCCGACGAUGAAGAUGAGGUUCGAGUCGCGCUGGUGGUGCACUCAGGUGCUGCCCGGCUCAGCAGCCCGGACGACGAGUUCUUCCAAAAGCCCUCUUGGUGAUCCUUCCUAGGUGCAGACAAUUCGGCAGACUAUGGCCAAACUGGAGAGUAAAGUCCGGGAGUUGGAGAAACAGCAGGUCACCAUCCUGGCCACGCCUCUUCCCGAGGAGAGCAUGAAGCAGGGCCUGCAGAACCUUCGAGAGGAGAUCAAACAGCUGGGGAGAGAGGUCCGGACACAGCUAAAAGCCAUAGAGCCCCAGAAGGAAGAAGCUGAUGAGAAUUAUAACUCAGUCAACACAAGGAUGAAGAAAACCCAGCAUGGAGUCCUGUCCCAGCAAUUUGUCGAGCUCAUCAACAAAUGCAACUCAAUGCAGUCCGAAUACCGAGAGAAGAAUGUGGAGCGGAUUCGGAGGCAGCUGAAGAUCACCAAUGCUGGGAUGGUGUCUGACGAGGAGCUGGAGCAGAUGCUGGACAGUGGGCAGAGUGAGGUGUUUGUGUCUAAUAUACUGAAAGACACACAGGUGACUCGGCAGGCCCUGAAUGAGAUCUCUGCGAGACACAGUGAGAUCCAGCAGUUGGAGCGCAGUAUCCGUGAACUCCAUGAGAUCUUCACUUUUCUAGCUACGGAGGUAGAGAUGCAGGGGGAGAUGAUCAAUCGUAUCGAGAAGAACAUCCUGAGCUCAGCAGACUACGUGGAACGUGGGCAAGAGCAUGUCAAAAUAGCCCUAGAGAAUCAGAAGAAGGCGAGGAAGAAAAAAGUCAUGAUUGCCAUCUGUGUCUCUGUCACUGUUCUCAUCUUGGCUGUCAUCAUUGGCAUCACCAUAACCGUUGGAUAAUGUCACAUGUUCUUGGCACUGGGAGGGACAGAGACUCAGCAUUUGUGGAGGCAGGGCAGGCCUCCAGCUGAACCCAUCCUCACACUGGCCCUGUGCAGAAGGGCAUAUGGCUCUUCCUGGGUUGGCAGCUGCUCAUUCGUGGAGUCCUCCCCUUCAGGCCACAAUGCCUGGGAGACAGUUUCCAAUGUCCUGUUUGUCUGGGACACAUGGUUUUGUAAAAAAAAUUAAAAAAAAAAAAAAAAAAAGAA